UAGACCCUCUUCGAUUAGCAUAUCAGGAAAAUGAAAAGCCACAGGUGACGAUUGACUGGAUUAAGCCUUCAGAGCCUGUGUUAUGGAGAGUUUGGAUGGAGAACAUGGUCUGUCUGAUGCUUGCACUUUCAGGAAUGAACAGCCUCAUGUAUAGCAGUCAUGCUCUGUGAGGAGUCAUCAGCUGGACUCAGUGCUGGUCCGGAUUCUGUGGUUCUGGUGAAACCGGAUGCUGAGACCUCCACGGAUCCUGUACAGGAGGCCAUUCACAGUAGCACUUAUGUUUCUUCUGUGAUCCCUGUACACGGCGGCAUCAGUCUGAACGCUGACGAGCCGUUCUGUCGUAUCUGUCAUGAAGGCAGCGGCACGGGUGAUCUGUUAUCUCCCUGUGAGUGUGCCGGCUCUCUGGCGAUGGUGCACCAUGUUUGUCUGGAGCGCUGGCUCCCGCCCUCCGGCCCCAGCCACUGUGAGCUCUGCCACUUUGAGUUCGCUCUGGAGAGACUUCCCAAACCGCUCACCGAGUGGUUCACCACACCUUCCAUGCAGCAGCAGAGACGGACGCUGUGCGGAGAUGCCAUAUGUUUCCUGUUCAUAACACCCUUAGCGGGUCUGUCAGGCUGGCUGUGUGUGCAGGGAGCCAUGGAUCUGUACUACAGCAACGGCAUGGAGGCCGUGGGACUCAUUGUUCUCACACUGACACUCUUCACUAUUUACCUCUUCUGGACUGUUGUAUCCCUACGUUACCACAUUCAUCUCUUCAGGAUGUGGAACGAGACAAAUCCCAGCGUCCGGCUACAGAUUCCCCAUCCUGUGAAGACACACCUGAGACCAAAACAUCUAACAAUGCACUUCUUGUGCAAAUACAAGAAUAAGGAGACCAUGGUAUAGUGCCUGAAACAUCACCAGGAA